UUUCUUAUGCGGGAGGAACUGUGGCAAAAGUACCUUCACCGCCUGAUUAAGCAUUGAAGGUACGGGCUUCGAUGGUACACUUUGAGUAGGCAGAAGCGGCUUCAGCCGAAGGCGCACGAAGGUCGUCAGGCACACGACCUCGGACCAACGACGACUCAUCUGCAAGUCGACUCCCCGUCUCUCAUUCCCCACAUAACUUCUUUCGUUCUCUUUUGCCCCUCUUUUGGAUUUGAUCUCCUGCAAGAGUGUCUUGUCUUGUCUUAUAUACUUCAUCAUUUUGCGUUUCGCGCCGCUCGGAGAAUUUUUAGAACAUUAGAGACAUCAUGACUUCGGCGGAGGAUGCCGUCGCCCUGAAGAACAAAGGCAACGCCGCGUUCAAAGAGCAUGACUGGCCCCGCGCCAUAGACUUUUAUACACAGGCAAUUGAGGCCAACGAUAAGGAACCUGCCUUUUACUGUAAUCGCGCUCAAGUAUUACCCCACAUUCAUCCCUCUUCUAGCCCGCGGAAGCCGCGGCAAAUAAUCCUCGUGAUCAAGGCUUAUGACCAUGUGUAGGCACAUAUCAAGCUCGAGGCUUAUGGAUUUGCAAUUGCGGACGCG